GUCUGCACUGGUAGUAUAAAUGGCGGUGUUGGACUGAGGACUCUGCCUUACCUUCGUCGUCUCCGUUUGUUUCCUUUCCCUCCACAGAUUCCACAAGCAGCAGAUCCGUGUUCGUCAUGGCUGAUGGACAGCCACCGCAGGUUUUCUACAUUUCCAGGCGUUCUAUCUUGGAAGAAGUCAGUGCGCACACCGGCCUUGCUAUCCACAGGUACGGUUCCACCACCAACAAGGCGGGUCUCGUGAAGGGCUGCGUCGUCGUAGACGUGCCCAAGAUAGAAGGAAGGCCGCUGGAGACACGCCGCGCCUUCUACGGCGAGCACAAGGGCGACCUCGACGGCGCCUUGGAAAGCGCCGCCGAGGUUGCUCUCCGCCAUCUGUCCGACGACUACGGCGUCGUCAUCAAGGACUGGAACUACGAGGCUUUCGCUGCAUGCAGGCAGAGCCUGCUAGCCGCAGUGGAGUCCAGGCGCAAGAUGGAGGCGGAGACUGAAGCUGCGUUGAAGGAGGCGAUCCGCUAUAAGCGGGCGAUUGAUAUGCUGGUCCAGGAUAUCAAAGAUCUCUGCCUCCGGUUUGCUGGAUUGCUGCCCGUGCGAGCCGGUGGCGCAAGCGGCAUCGAGUAUGUCGGCCCGCCUUCGCCGCCGACUGGUGGAUUUGACAAGCUGGCUCUCGAUCUUGUUCAGGUUGUCCAGUCAGCAUAUGAUGAGUUGCCAGUUUGGGCGUCGUCUCCACUUAGUUAAGUCUUAGGCUGGGAGAUCGCCGUGGCUGGGAGAUCGCCGUAUGUGUCCCUUACCUGCCUAGCUUAGAUCGUGUAGUACUGAAUAAAACGAUGUGCUUCAUGUAUACAGCUUGUUCAUUUUGGUGAAUGCUCUGCACCGUAGCCCGUAGGUGCCAGGGCUACGUAGAAUGAGCUGGAUUUACCUGUAUAA